AUGAAAGGCUAAUAGAAUUACAAAAUUAUAUGUUAGAAGUUAAAUUGUAAUGAAAGUCAAUUAAAUGAUAUUGAUGAGUUUGAAAAUAACCCAUAUUUAAUUAGAAAUUAAUAACCUGAACUUGGAUUUAUUUUAUAUAAAAUCCCUUAGUCUGAAUGUGUUUCGUUGAAAGACUUAUUUGAUGCUAUUGUAUUUAAAACUUAGUUAUCUAGAAAUCAAAAUAUAUUGUUAUCUUUAAAGGAUAAGCAAUUUUAAUUAUAUAAGCUAUUUUAUAGCAUUUAUUAAAAAUGAUUGAGAAGAAAAUAGCUCAUUGUUAUUUAAAUUUGAACAAUAUUUUUAUCAAACUAAAUAAUUAAUCAAAUAAAUUCACUACUUAUUAAUCACAAAUUUCAAUUGAAAAAAUCUAUUUUAUAUAAUAUUGGUGUAUUUAAAAAACUUUAAAUGAAGAAUUAAACUAUUCUAAUGAUUUGAAAGCCAUUAAAUUAAUUAUCACGCAAUUUCUAGAAUUGUACUAAGAUUAAAGAAUUUAGAGUUUGAUACAUCAAAUAUCUUCAGUAAGAAAUUUGAUUUUAUUGAAUGAUUGUAGAUAAAUGAAUGAAAUAGUUAAUACAUUUAUUCGAGAGUAAAUAUAUAUAUUCUAAAUUUAGAUAUGUAAAUAAAGAAAAAUAAACUAUGAGGGACAAUGAAAUUGAAAAUUAUCAAAAAUUUAAUAAAUAGAGAUGUUAUUAUGAAAAGGAAUUGCUUAUUUAUUNUAUCAGAGUUUUAUAAAACAUUAAUUUAGAAAUAAUUUUCUUUUUGGAUUAGUAUUUGUUCCUAUUUUAAUAAUUUUUAAGCUUGCUCUUAUAUAACUGCUUGAGCUAAGAAUUUCAAUUAUUAAUUUUGCAUUAUAAUUAAAAGAAAUUAAUAUAAAGAUUCUAAGUUUAUGUAAAUAUAUAACAAUUAUUUAUAGAAUAAGUUAUUAAAAAAAUUUAAUUGCAUCAUUCUAAAUAUUAUUUGUUUAUAUUAAAAUCUUUACCAAAAGUUUUUGUUAUUUAUUUAUGUAAUGAUCUAAAAGCGUUUUAAACAUGA